AUGAACACGGACUCUGCCCGUUAUAGACAAACUGAAACCGGUCUUCGGCUUGGAACCAGAGAGAAACCGUUCAUGACCGAAGUUUUCACCUCAUUGUCUAAGCGAUACGCAAUUCUAGCCGACAAAUUCAUCCGCGAGGCUGAUGGUAUACUGUUGGCAUACAGCGUCACCAAUGAGAACGCUCUUCGCCAAGUAACAGCUCAGUACGACAAGAUUGAGCGUGUGCGCAGUGUGGAAUACACGCGGCGGAAGAGUUGCGAAUGCCAUCGUGUGCCCCCAAUGCCACUUCUCCUUGUCGGAAUCGACUCCGGAUCAAACGUUCCCAGAAUGGUGUCCAAAGAGCAAGGAGCCAACCACGCCCUCCAGCUGGGCAUUGAGUUCAUGGAAAUGAAAGAGACAUGGAAUUCUCCUAUCGAAAUUCUCUUCUACCCGAUCGUGCGGGUGAUAGAUACAUAUACUCGCAAAGGCAAACGUUCCGAUAAGUUCCCCGGAUGUUCAGAACAACGAUCGGGGGCGAGGGCGACAUUCAGUCGCAAGAUGAAAUCCGACCUCGAUAAAAUAAAGGCGUCUAUCCGACCUUUCAGACGCAACACUCGAGAAGCAGACUUUAAAAAUCUACGCAAUGCGAUUGUCAAUGACGAGCAAGAGACAACUCGGCGUAUCAUACAAAGUGGCGUUGAUGUGAACGCCUUUGAUCCGUCUGGAGCUACACUGUUGCAUAUUGCUGCAGCCUUGAAUCGAGUCGAGAUCGCCAAACUGCUUCUUCAGAAUGGAGCUUCCGUCAACCAGAUCUCGCCUCUUAACGGGACCGCACUGACUGUUGCGGCUUCUCGAGGCAACGACGAAAUUGUGCAGCUUCUGCUUAGGCACGGCGCUCGCGUCGAUGACCCUUGCGACUAUUACGAAAACAUGCUACAAACUGUAGCCCAGAGAGAUAAUCCGACUAUCCUGCGGCGACUUAGCAAGAGAAUGAGCUGGAACCCAUUUAAGAAUAAGAAUAGGAAAUAUUCAUGGUGUUGA